AUGGGUGCAAGUGGAAAGCUCCUCCGCACGCCCUGCAGCUUCUCGCAGCUCCAGACUCGCCCGCUCUCCGUCGUCCGACAUUCGAUACGGCGAGCACACCACCUGCACGAUUCCUUCCUGAUCUACGCUCCCGCCGCCAGACUGGGCAGCAUAAUAUCCCGCGCAGCAUCGUCAUCCUCCCCGUCGACCUCCACUCCACACGUCGCCGCCGACCGAAUCGUGCGACCGCUCGUCCCUCCACCGCGUGAAGGGUCGGGGCCUCUGCUCUCCCGCCGCCCAGACCGGGCCCUGCCUGAGCUGCCUCGACCGAUCUCAGUCUGGCUCAAGACACUCCCGGUGUUCAUCGUGCUGGUGACGGUGGCGUCGCUGGCCAUCUUCAACUACGAGAAGUCGUCGUCCUCGACAGUCAAUUCGAUCCUGUACGCACUGCGUACCAACGAGCACGCCCGCGAGCUGCUCGGCGACGAGAUCUACUUUGCCAGCCAGGUGCCCUGGAUCAGCGGCGAGCUGUCGCCCCUGCAGGGCGUCAUCGACAUCAGCUUCUGGGUGAAGGGAACCCGGGGCAAGGCUAAGACGAAGUUCGUCAGUCUGCGACGAGGCCGCGGCGGGUUCUUCGAGACCUUGGAGUGGAGUCUACAGAUGGAGGACGGAACCGUGGUGCAGUUGCUUGAAAAGGAGGGCACGAGAGAUCCCUUGGCGGGCCAGAGGUUUGACUAG